AUGUUUCCCUACGUAAUUAUCGCCCUGACCGGAAUCUCAAUUGUGCUUAUGAUCAUCUCCCUGGGAAUACCAAACUGGCCAUGCGGUGCCAUCUUCGCUGAAUGUCUCGGCGUUCAAAACGUUCUCCAGCAGGACCUCCGUGCUGUUGGCGCCCUAUUAUGCAUCUCUGUCAUCCUGAUGUUUGUGACGCUAGGCUUCUCUGUGGCCAUCUUCUGGAUGAAGCAGCGCUGGGUGCCGCCUGCGGGUUUCGCCAUCGGAGCUGCAGCUUCGGUCUUCGCUAUAGCGGGUGUAUUUACCUAUUAUAGUCGCGUAAGAGCCGACUGGAGCGCAUUUCUGGCCGCCAUUUCAAUGACCAUUAUUAUUCAGAUCACUGUUCUACUGGGAACAAAUUUCAUAAAGUCUGUGAAGGAGUCCGGUUAA